CAGCGCGGGGCUGGUGGUCUAGCCUGCUGUGCCACCAACACCACCAUCACCACCACCACCACUUCUCUCUCUUCGUCCUGCUGCUCCUGCUGGCCUUCGUGCUGCACUUCUUCUUCUCCGCCGUGACGGCCGCCUAGUCCUUCUAGUGGUCGAGGAUGGCCGAGGACGGCCCCGCCACGCCGGGCAUCCUGCGCAAGCACGCCGGCGGUGCCGCGGGCGGCACCAUGCGCCGGCUGCACUUCAACGAGUCCAAAGCCACGCGCUCCCCCAAGAUCCAACCCCCGGCCAGGGCGUCGGCCAGCCAGAGGCUCGAGGCCAUUGCCAGCCAGAUGCAGCAGCGGCACGAGCAGAUGUACCAGGAGCAGCAGCAGCAACUGCAGCAGAACCAGGAUGACGGCGUGGGCCCCACGCGGCUCUGGCCGCCGUCCAGGAAGCGCGAGGAGGCCACCGCCCUGCGCAACCUGAAGCGCGUGCUGGCCAACCGGCAGCUGCGGACCGUGGGCGACGACGAGGACGCCAAGGAGCCCAAGGACCCCGAGAAGGAGGCCGACCGGGUGCUCGCGGAGCAGAUGGCCAACAUGGCGCUGGACAACCGGAAGCAGCUCAUCGCCAAGGUGAUGCGGCCCGUGGCGCUGGUGUCCGAGGGCCACGAGGCGGCCACCGACUGGCACGACUCCGAGUUCAUCAGCGAGUGCCUGUGCUGGCACAACGUGUACCGACAGCGCCACGGCGUGCGGGACCUGGCCAUGAGCGCGGAACUGUGUGACAUGGCGCAGCACUGGGCCAACCACCUGGCGCACGCCAACGCCUUCAUGUACAAGCCGGGCGAGACGAGCGUCGGCCAGAACCUGUACUGCCGGCUGCCCAACACCGUCGCCACGGAGGUGACCGGCCAAGAAGUGGCGGCCUACUGGUACAGCGCCGGGAAGAAGUACCACUACGGCAAGGAGCCCGACGUCCUGCACGCCAACGUGAACGCAGGCCACUUCACGCAGCUGGUGUGGGCCGCGACCCGCGAGCUGGGCGUGGGCAAGGCCCGCAGCCGGCAGGGCAAGACGGUGGUGGUGGCCAUGUACCACCCGCCGGGCAACAUCUCCGGCGCCUUCCAGGAGAACGUGCCCUUCCCCGGGAACGUCACCAGCGACCUGGAGAUGUCCCUGUCGGACUCGUCCUCGUCGUACUCGGGGUGCGCCGCUACUGCUCGACCAAGGGCUCGAGGACGUGAUGAGGAAAUUCCAUGGCGCCACGUGUGCGCUGUAGUGCUCUCCACUACCGCGUUCUCAUGGCAACGCCUGAAGAAACAUUCACGUCUACACACCCUCCUUAUACUUCACACUGUUUGGUGAAGAGUUUUCAUCAUUUACUAUAAUUCGAUGCUUAAUUCAGCGCACGUUCGGAGACUAAUGAAAUGCUCCCAACAAAUAAGUCCCCUUUGUAUUUCGUAAUUUGCUAUUUUUGAAUUACUCGUACUGGUCACGCCACGACGGUUCCCGUGGACGGGAUGUACGAUGGGUUGCCUAUCGCUUUGGCCGCAGGCGUAGGCCGGAGACUUUGGUCUGUGUUUGAUGGCGGUCGGAUGCAAGUGAUGGCUGCAGGGUUCGCCACUGUCUAGCUCCGCUGACUUCUCAACAGUGGAAAUUAAACUAUGAGGGAGACUGGUUUAUGAUGAAGGUCUUUAGCCCGGGCAUAUCGUGAUACCCCUCGUCUUCUGGUUCACCUUAAGUGAAUAUUCACUUGGCUGUGGUACUUUUUUCUAGCGCAUAGUUAAAGUUAAUUUUGAGAAUCAUGGACUGUUUGUUCCUCAAACAAAGCACUGUGUUGGGAAUCACACGCCCUUCCGUACGUUUACUGUUCUGUCGUGGGACUACUUCUACUUUGUCUUGGAGUGAGAAUCUAUACAGGAUAGACUCAAGAAUUGGGCAUUCCCUGCACAGGUUUGUGUCAGAAUUGGAGUUGUGACAUCAUGUGCCUCAAGUAGAAAAUGCUUUGAUUUAUUUUCUGUAUUUUAUUGUUGGUAGAUACAAAUUUAAUCUAUUAUGUACGUCCAUUUCUUUAGGCAGUUUAGUAUAAUUCAAUUAGUAAUUUUGAGAUUUUUCUGACAAUUGUGACUUUACUUCUUUUUUUCUCAGGCCUCUUGAUGCUUCCCAACAUUAGAAACAGUGCUUCAAAAUGUUAUAGACUGAAAUGCAUGAGACAGGAAAUUUGAAAGUAGGCUUAUUUUAAUUAAAAUAAAGAUACAAAAAUGUUAGGUUUUCAUUGCACCAGCAGUAUACUCUUGCAAAACUGUAGACUGCUUGUUGCAUUUUGUCUUUGGAUCUUGUAGGGUCUAGAUACCUAAAAUUGCUCAUUAUUGAAUGUAAAAUUAGUUUUAUAACAGAGGCUCUGCCUCUGUCAUGGUUUACUUCAAGUAGUAGGUAUUAAUUUUUAAAUUUGUAUUAAAAAUAUUAACAGGGUUUUCUUGGAAUUAAAUUUGAAAGAGCUCAUCUUUAGAAGAAAAUGGAUCACACCUGAUUUGCAGUCAGUUAUCUAGUACCUCCUUUUCAAUUUAAAUAGGAUAAGGUGUCUGACAUGCUGUUUUCCUUACCGAUACAUGAUGAAAUGUACAGUUUUCAAUCUUCAGUUGUUCCAAAUUUUUCAUGCCUUGGGUUCAGUUAGUCAUGCCAUCUACCUACAAUAGGUUCAUUGUUCAUUUUGGUAGGACUAAACAUAUCUCUUUUGUUCCUCAGCUCAAACAAAAGGAAAGGUUCAGCAAUCUAUUUUGACAGCAUGUCCCUGAAGUACAAAGGCAUCAAAUUAUAUCUAGAUGGAACCUCGAUAUUGUUACUUCAACACACCAUCGUUCAUAACUUCCAUGAGUUUCAAUUAUUUAAUGAUUUUCCAUCCUAAAAUUUCCCUCUUACAAGAUCAUUUUUGUUCUUUCAAUUUUUAAAGAGUGAUAACCGAAUAGCCUGGCUUUAGCACAAUUUAAACCUCUUCUGAAUUUGUAUAGACAAAAAUGUGCUGAAGUCGCAUUACUACCUUAUUUGCAAAAUCUGCACUUUGCUCAAGUAAUUGCUUAGAGAGUUUGACGGAAGAUUUUAUAAUCUGCUAAGCACAAUCAAAUCCUUAUUGUUAUUAAUAAAAACUUAAAGA